GAAGUCCAAACUAGGUGCAGUUGGGAGACGGAUAAAAGCCGCGACCUCAGCCGACUUGAACCAAAGGUCUACGAAGGUGAGUUGGAAAAAUUAGAGGCAGAGUCCGAGCCCCAGUGGUUCCUCGGGUUCCUACCGUCGGAUGCCGUCUGCCGCAGAGCCCUUCCUUUCAAUCUCUACGACCAGAGCUCUGCGAGAUCGAGAGCCAGCCUUCGACUCCACUGUCUUCAGCAGGAAUACCUCUCACGGGCUACCAUAUUCUUUGCGGCACUUCGCUCCCGGUGGUCUUCUUUGAAUUGGCCCUCUUGGACAUCUCAUCCUGUCUCAUCUCCUAUCACCGCACCUGCUGGUAGUUCUGACGAUUUCAGCAUCCUCAAGGCUCAACUGAAGUCCUUGAACUCUGACGUAGGAGCCAAGCUGAUCGAGAUCUCCGCACGCUUAGACAGAAUUGAUGAACAGUCUUUGGUCAUCACGAACUCCAUGGCACGUCUUCGCAGCGAAAGUGAGUCUCGUCUAGCCGACAUCGAGUCUCGUACCGCGGCCGUGUCUCAACCUGCCCCUAACAAUGAUAGCCUAUUGGAGUCAGCCGUUGCCCUGCUGAAACAGGAGGUUGCGGUUCUGUCUUCUCAUUUGAAGCAACUGCGAGAGGGCCGCAUGUCAACGUCUGCUCCGGAUAUUGCUAUUGAGGUUAUUGUCGACCAACUAGCUAAACGUGCUGCCUUCGUUUCCACCGCUACCCUCGAAAGCAAACUGGCCGAGGUCAAGCAGCAGAUUGCAUCAUCAAGCUCGCAGCCAGUGGAUAGUAGUCUAACUGACGCAGAAAAGACAGAGUUUGAGGCGAAGCUUUCGCGGCUGUCGCAGGCAGUUACGGAGCUGCAGGCCGCCCUCGUGCAACACCGGUCCGACCUUACUGGCCAGGAGGAGUGGGAGUCUCAGAGGCUUUCAUUCGACGGCCUGCUUGCAAAGUCCGAGAAGGAAUCAGAGGGAAGAAUGGUCGCCUUACGAGCCGAACUUACCACUUCGAUGCAAAAGAAUACCGAAGAGGGCAUUUCCAAGCUGAUGGCACAACUUGGCUCCAUAUCAGAAAAGGUAGCCGCCAUGGAACAGCUGAAUCACAAUUUGCAGGCAGCUAUAGGUGGAUUAAAAGACGAAGCAAAAUUGGGUGUGAAUUCGGACUCUGGUGUGAUUGCGAAUCUGAAACUGUCCACCACAGAGCAGAUUCAGGCGGCUGAAGACAGACUAAAGGCGGCCUUUUCGCAACAGUUGACUUUAAACCUACGUGAGAAAAUCCUUGCCGAAUUGAAUUCUCUAGAUAACGAAGAACUUAAUGCCCGACUGGCAUCAAUCAUCAAGUCGACCGUGACUGAAACUCUCAAGAAGUCCUUGAAAGGUAUAUCGCGGUCUCUUACCUUCCAUCUAGAGCUCUCACCGGAGGUUGGCGGAGCAUCGUUAAGCAGCAUUGGUUCAGCAAUCACUGCCGCUCUGACUACCUACGCGGCCGAUCGGACGGGGCUUGUUGACUUCGCACUCGCUUCCGCGGGCGGCACUGUCGUCAACACUCGGUGCACCCGCAGCUACAAUAAGGGCGCAUCCGCCUUCUCCUUCCUCGGCAUCCCCCUCUUCUAUUUCCGCAACUCUCCCAACACAAUACUUGAACCAAAUAACCAACCGGGUGAGUGUUGGGCGUUUGAGGGAGCAGAAGGCCAGGCCGUUAUUCGUCUCGCGGCACCCGCCCACAUUACCGGUGUUUCUCUGGAACACAUACCGAAGUCUCUUUCCAUCCACGGGCACAUAGACUCAGCUCCGCGCGAGUUUCAGAUCAAGGUUAGUUUCACAGUUUUUGCCUGUUACGAUGAGUCUGGCGAACUGCUGGGGACUUUCAAGUAUGACGAGAAUGGCACACCCAUACAGUUCUUCCCCAUUCAGCCCAAAGUCGCCUCCAAAGCGGUGCAAUUUAUUGAAGUUGCUGUACUCAAUAACUAUGGCAAUCCGGAGUACACAUGCAUAUAUCGUCUACGUGUACAUGGGUCUGCUGCUGCUGCUGCUGCCACUGAACGCAGUUAA